UCUGAAUGUGGAUUUAAUAAGCGGCAAGCCGUGUAUAUGUGGAGCCAUAAUGGCGGCUUCAGGGUUUUAGUUUCGUAGCUGAUAGUUGCUAGUCUUUGCCCCGCCCACUUAGUAGACACGUGUGUUUUAAGUUUGCAGCAUGGCUUCAUUGGCUAAGAAAAGGGCAGUAGGUUUUGGUGAAAAACCCGAGGAAAGUGACAACAGCUCCGAUGAGAAUCCAGAGGAGGAAGACGAUUCCGGAGAAGAGGACAGUGAGGCGUCAGAUGAGGAAAUUAAUGAGGAGGUCGUUGUAGACUUUGAAGCUCACACCAUCUCAGACAAUGACUUCAACGGCAUAAAGAAGCUGCUGCAGCAGCUUUUCUUAAAAGCUCAUGUGAAUACAUCAGAGAUGACAGACAUCAUCAUCCAACAAAAUCAUGUUGGAAGUGUCGUCAAGCAAGCUGAGGUGCCCGAAGACAGCGACGAUGAUGACGACCCAAAUGAAGUGUUUGGCUUCAUCACCAUGCUCAACCUCACAGAGAGAAAGGGUGUACAAUGUGUGGAGGAGGUGAAGGAGCUGAUUGUGGAUCAGUGUGAGAAGAAUGCUUCUCAUAUUGUGACAGAACAGCUGGAGAAGAUCUUUAAUGAUAACAGCAAGCCUGUGGGGCUGCUGCUAAGUGAGCGCUUCAUCAAUGUGCCUCCACAGAUUGCCCUUCCACUGCACAAACAGCUCCAGGAAGAAAUCGCUGAAGCUCAGAGGACAAAUAAGCCCAGUGGGAGGUGCCACUACUGCCUGAUUAUCAGCAAGACCUGUAGAGAAGAGACCAAGAGCAUCCCAGCCACAGGAGGAGCUCCCAAAGAGGAAUACAUGUUUGUCAAUGCAGAGGAGGAAUUCUUUUAUGAGCAAGCCAUCUUGAAGUUCCACUACACAGUCCAAGAAGAGGCAGACUCCUGUUUAAGUGGGAGGUGGUCAUUUACGGAUGUGCCCAUGAAGCCUUUUAGGACUGUGAUGCUGAUACCCACAGACAGAAUGCCUGCCAUCAUGGAGAAACUCAAAGAAUAUCUAUCAGUGUGACCUUCACAAUAAACCAAGACACCUAUGGACACAGUGACAGCUUUCAAGCUUCUGAAAAACAUUCAGUAUAUUCAAUUUUUGUACAGUUGACUUUAGGAAUGCGUGUAUUCAUAUUUAGAAUAUGUAGGGCGAUAGUUUACCCAUUUUUAGAAAUUUUAAAGACAGUUUGUACAAAUUGUAAAGACAUAGGGAAUAAUCGCAUACUUGAAUACUGGAAGAAACUACAUGCAACUGCAUAUCAAAGGUGUUUA